AUGGAGGACCAAAUCACCUGUAGGAGGGCGAUUAUAUACGACCAAGAUCUACGACAAAUGGAGAUUAGGACGAAUUUCGGGGGGCAGGUCAUCACUGUGGGAUGCUUCACUGAUCCAUGCUCCAGUUCCCUUGUUUCAAAAUCCUAUCGGGAUAAAGACCCUGAGAAAAUGGAUAUCAGCAUCUCUGGAAAUGAGGGAAGAAUUUAUACUAGAGGGAGAUGUUCCAGAGUAAACACUCUCUCUUGGAAAGAUUAUCUCCCCGCGGCACUUCCUUCGGUAAUUCAGCGAGUCGAAGAGGAUUAUCUAAUUGGUUAUUCCGGGAGCAAUGUCUGGAAAAGCUCACGGAGAAGCGAUCCUUCCGGUAAAGUCUAUCCAGACGAUGAUAGUUUGGGGGACGAUGCAAUCAACAUUCUGGAUGACCCACUGUGGACCGCACAAGGCUUGUGCCAGAGCCACUCAAUGCAGAGGCUCGAAGCGUAUGGGUUCAGGGGAGCCUCUAGGAGGCGAACCCAAGAGAUUCAAGGCUUACACGUUGAAAACAAAAGAUUCAAAAUAACGCUGACACCGGUUAGCAUGGCGAAACAAGAAUUCAACCAUUUUACCCUCUGCAAGGCUUCGACCAAGAAUCAGGGCUUCCAACGGGCCGUACUACGGUCCGUACAAAUACGAACGUACCGAGUUCGUGAGCCGUACCGUACGUUUAAUGAUGCCCUAGGUACGGUACGUAGUACGGAUUGUAUUACCCUUUUGGGAAGUUUGUAUACACAGUUAUGUUACAGCUAUCCAACCCCUCAGUUUACUCUCGCUACCCCCUAUCCUGCAUUCCCUCUCUGUGACUUGUGUUUCCUGAUCAAUACCCCUCACACCACGCCCCCUCACACCACGCCUCUUGCUGCCUUACAGGCCUCAUCUAUCUUAGCUGUUUUGACUGGAGUACGGCGUACUUUAAUCGAAUCUUACGAUACGUACACCUACCUCUCCUCCUCCCUAUCGUACGAACGUACACAAAAUCUCACCCGUACAGGCCUCAAAAUCGCCCAAUCGUACAGUACUACGCCUUUUUAUGAGGAAAUUGUCAAUGCAUUACGUCCUAGUCUCUUCGAUUCCGACAGAAGUGAAGCUGCUUCAUAG